AUGAUAGCUCACAGCCUCAUCCAGUCAGGUCCAGGAUUCCCAUACCUGUCUCCUACCAUUUACUGGUAUCUGGCAACUGGUGAUCCACAGAUUGCCAUCCAGAAGGCCACAUGCUCAGAUGUGGAUGACAUUGAACUUGCUGAGUACAUCAAGAGGGUAAGUGUAUUAUUUGUUCUAUACAGUGAAACCUGUAUUAAGUGGACACCUGCAGCACCUUUGCUGGAGUCUGCUUAAUGAAAGGUUGUACAGAAAACAUGCGAAGAAACGUUUGAAAAAAAAAAGAAAACAAAUAGACAAACCAUUCGUCUGCUUAAUACAGGUUUCACUACGCUUUGGCUCAGUUUUGUUCCUAGUUUAAAUUUUUGUUUCUCUUAAUUCAUGUUGACUACCAUACAUUUACUUACAAUGGCAGUAGACAAUAGUAAUAGAAAGGGACAUUUGAAAUUAUCACUGAUAACCAUAUUCUAUACUUGCAGGUCACAGAAGCACCAGCAGAUAAGCUUAAUGUCAUUGCCUUUGAAUCUGGCUUUAUCAGAUUGUUAUCUGAAGCUGGAGAGAGUAGAAUACUUACAGUAAGUAGAAACCUAAUUUAUUAUGUAGUAACAAGUUAGAUAGGGCACAUUUAGUUAACACUACAAUUAGCUGUAUGUGUUUUCUGCUAAGUGCCACAUGGUUUAAAUAGAGGCAAAGAAAUUUAUAUUUUGCAGUUUGGAGGUCCGUUAAAUUGUUGGUUAACUGUGAAAAGAAGUAGUUUUGUUAAAACAUAGAAAAAUGCUGAUCGAUUCUCACAAAUAAUUCAAGCAACAGGUUAAAAUAUUAUUGUAACCUGUUGCUGAAAAUAAUAAUAACAGUAAUAACACAAUUAAAUAAUGUAUUCUUGCAGGCUGAUAACAAGCUCGAUGUCCUCCAGUCUCUAAUGCUUCACAACAUUCUAGUGAAAAAGAAGGCAAUUCUUGAUCAAUUUAAAAAGGGGCUGUCAAUCCUUGGUUUGUAA